AUGGAUAGAAAUUGGAUGAGUGCGAAUAGAUUAUCAGCGGAGUAUAGUGAAGGAGUUGACCAUUUCUUGGACUUUUGUCAGAAGAAUGCUAAAAAUACUAAAUUGGUUCUUUGUCCUUGUCUUAAAUGUGGUAACAUGGAGCGUGUGGACAUUGCUAGUAUAAAGGAGCAUUUAUUUAGGAACGGAAUAGACAAGAGUUAUAAGGUUUGGGUUUACCACGGGGAAAAGAAUAGAGUUCCGGGCGAGGGAACGUCUAAGUCUAACAAGGUUAAGGGUGUUAAUUUGGAGUAUGAGGAUGAUCACAUUCCAGAAAUGAUUGGAGAUGCACAAUAUGAAUUAAAUGUCGAUCUUUUGAAAUUUCAAAGUUUUGUAGAGGAUGCCGAGAAGCCUAUUUACCCUAAUUGUAAUAGGUUUACUAAGUUGUCGACACUUAUUAGAUUAUACAACAUAAAAGCCAAACAUGGGUGGAGUGAUAAGAGUUUUUCGGAUUUACUAGCUUUCCUAGUAGAGUUAUUACCGGAAGGUAAUGUGGUGCCUUCAUCUUUUUAUGAGGCGAAGAAGACACUUUCUUCAUUAGGCAUGCAAUAUGAAAAAAUACAUGCAUGUCCUAACGAUUGCAUCCUAUACCGUAAGAUGUUUGUGGAUGCAAUAUGGUGUCCCACUUGUGGUGAGUCUAGGUGGCAAAAGAAAAAGAAUUCUGACGAGGUAAAGGUUGGUGUCCCUGCAAAAGUAUUAUGGUACUUACCCCCAAUACCUCGUUUUGUUCGGUUUUUUCAAAAUGCCAAUCAUGCAAAAAAUUUAAUUUGGCAUGCCAGCGAUAGAAAGGUAGAUGGUAAGAUGAGACAUCCAGCUGACUCACCCGCUUGGAAAUCAAUUGAUGCUAGGUGGCCUGAAUUUGGCAAUGAACCUAGGAAUAUCCGUCUUGGUCUUUUUGCCGACGGAAUCAAUCCACAUACCAGCCUUAGCAGUAAGUAUAAUUGCUGGCCAAUUUUUCUUGUGAUGUAUAACUUGCCGCCUUGGUUGGUAAUGAAGAGGAAGUUCACUAUGCUUACACUGUUGAUAUCAGGCCCUUCACAUCCUGGUAAUGACAUUGAUGUGUACUUAGCCCAUCUAGUUGAUGAUUUGAGUCGAUUGUGGCAUGAGGGUGUUUCUGCUUACGAUACCUUUAGGAAAGAAGAGUUCAAUCUUAAAGCCAUAUUACUGUGGACCAUUAAUGAUUUUCCAGCUUUCGGAAAUCUUUCUGGAUACAGUGUGAAAGGGUACAAAGCAUGUCCUAUUUGUGAGGAGAGAACAUGUUCUAUGUAUUUAAAACACUCGAAGAAGAUGUGUUACAUGGGACACCGAAGGUUUUUGCCAAAAGAACAUGUGUUUCGCACUUGGAAAAAAGCAUUUGACGGUAAGCAAGAAUUUGGAUUGCCACCGCCACCUUUGCUAGCUAGGGGAACAAGUGUUAGAAAAGUUGAAUAA